AUGGGUGCUCUCCAGCUGGGUCUCCUGCUGGUGACUUGGGGGACGGCAACGAUGGCAGUACCCCUGGCCCUGCCCUCCUCGCCUUCUCCCCUGGCUUACAUGCUGAAGCUCUACCGUGGUCACCAGCCCCGCGCCUCCAUCGUCCGCAGCCUGCAGUCGCAGGAUGUGGCCAUGGUGAGCCAGCACUGGACUUUCGCCUUUGAUUUUUCCUUCUUGAGCCAAGACGAAGACCUAGAGUGGGCCGAGCUUCGGAUCCAACUGCCCCCGUCAGAGGAGCCUCCAGCAGAGGCCCCGCUCUUGGUAGAGAUCUUUCACCAGCCACGGUGGGAGUUCGAGGACAACUCCUCGGCCAUCUGCCUCGAGCGCCGGCAGCUGGCUUUGUUCGUCGUCACGGCCUCCCAGGUCACCUUCUCCUCGGACGGCAUGGUCCUGGAGGUCACCGAGCCCCUCUCCAAGUGGUUCAAGCCCCUGAGUGACCCGGAGGAGAUGCUGGCCUCGACCACGGGGGGGAUGGCUGCAGCAGGCCCCGACUGCAGGCGCCGGCCCCCAGAGCGCCCCGUCUCCGACGUGCUGCUCACGCUCCACUCUAACCUGUCCAAGGAGCAGAAGCGCUUGGGAAGCUCCACGCUGCUGUGGGAGGCCGAGAGCUCCUGGAGGGCCAGGGAAGGCCGGAUCUCACAGGAGGAGAAGCACAAGAGACGCCCCCGACACAGGAAAUGGAGCGAAAGCCAGCCCUGCAGGAAAGUGAGGUUCCAAGUGGACUUUAACCUGAUAGGCUGGGGCUCGUGGAUCAUCUACCCCAAGCAGUACGAAGCCUUUCGCUGUGAGGGAGAAUGUCCCAACCCCGUGGAAGAGAAGUUUCGGCCCACCAACCAUGCCUACAUGCAGAGCUUACUGAAGUUCUACCAGCCCCACCACGUGCCCUCCACGUGCUGUGUUCCCGUGAAGACGAAGCCCCUGAGCAUGCUAUACUCGCAGAACGGCAACGUCUUCCUGGAUCACCACAAGGACAUGAUAGUAGAGGAGUGCGGGUGCCACUGA